CCUGUUGACUUGCAUUGGAAUUGCUCAAAGGUCAUUUUAUGCUGAUGACAUAAAAUCCGUCAAGGACAAAGGUUCGCCGCUUCACAAAUCUUUGCGUCCCCUCGCGCCAUUUUUGGACACCCGGAAUUUCUUGAGGGUGGGCGGCCGCCUUCGUUUUGCCGACAUCGCUUUUGAUUCAAAGCACCCAUUAUUAAUUCCAUCAGCAUCCCCCUUAGCCCCUCUUAUUUGUAUGGAGUAUUGAGUCCAGUCAAAGUAUUGGAUCAUUGGCGUUCGCUCUCUUCUUCGCAAGAUUAUUUUUAGUUGCCACAGAUGUCACAGAUUGAAGGCAAAACCACGCCAGCCGAUGAUGGCUGAUCUCCCUCCCUCUCGUGUCGUCUGUUCGAGAGCUUUCCUCCGCACGGGCGUAGAUUUGGCUGGUCCCUUUCCAAUAAAGUUCAGCCAAAGGCGGAACGCCUCGACAACGAAAGGUUAUAUGGUUCUUUUCGUGUGUAUGAGCACCAAGGCUACCCAUCUGGAAGCGGUAUCUGACCUCACCACCUCGGCCUUCCUUGCGUGCUUAAACCGCUUCGUCGCCCGCCGCGGACUCCCAGCCGAGAUGUUCUCCGACUGCGGAAAAAAUUUAAUUGGAGCAGCGAACAAGUUAAAGGAAGCUGCCACCUUCUUAAAGGAAAACGAACAAGAAAUUUACUCCCAUUGUUGUUCCUUAGGGUUUACAUGGACGUUUAAUCCUCCAGGCGCCUCGAAUUUCGGCGGGCUUUGGGAAGCCGGCGUCAAAAGUGCAAAGUGUCUUCUCGGCAGGAUGGUGGGUGACGGCCCGUUGACCUUCGAGGAGUUCUCCACAUUGCCGUGUCGCAUCGAAGCAACAUUAAAUAGUCGACCGCUGUGUUUCGUUUCGUCCGACCCUCACGACCAUUUUGAUUAUUUGACGCCCGGUCAUUUUCUUGUAGGCGCCCCUCUUAUCGCUCCUCCUGAACCGCCUUUAGAUUUAGAUCAAAAUCUCAAAACACGAUGGAGUCGAAUCAACCAACUUUGCCAAUUCUUCUGGAAAAGGUGGUCAAAAGAGUACCUCCACACGCAAAUACAGCGACAUAAAUGAACUCGAAAUCCGGAAAAUCUAAAGGAAGGUGAUAUCGUUUACCUCCAUGGCACCAACUCUAGCCAUCUUAGUUGGCCUAUAGGGCGCGUCGAGGAGGUGCAUCCCGGUUCCGACGGCGUUGUACGGGUCGUCUCGGUCCGCACUUCCAGCGGCUUAUACGUCAGACCCUCCAACAAGUUGGUCCUUCUUCCUCCCCCUCAAUCCUCCUCUAUUUAAAAUCCUCCUUCCCUUGUAAAUACCUCCCUUCGCCAAGGUGGCUCAUUUUAUUUUACUUAU